AUGCAGCCUUACGGGGGAAUGCCCCCCACAAUGAUGGGGAUGCGGCCAAUGCCUGGGGCGGCUCCAGCGUUGAUACCUCCUCAGGCCUACGGGAUGCCAGCUUACCAGGUCCCCGGAGCAGCACCAAUUGGGCUGCCGAUGCCCUACGGCGUGCAGCCGCCCAUGAUGCCGCGGCCGAUGCCGCUGCAGCCGCUGCAGCAGCAGCAGCUGCAGCAGCAGCAGCAGCAGCCGCAGCAGCGAGCAACUACUCUUUAUAUCGGGAACAUCACCAAGCAUGCAGACAACGACUUCAUGAGAAACCUUCUCGGGGAGUUUGGCCGCGUGCUGCGGUGGAACCGGCAGAGCGACCCGGUGUCUCGACAGCUGGCAGCUUUUGGCUUCUGCGAAUACGCGGAGCCGCUGGGGGCUUUGAAGUGCAUAUCUUGUUUGGCGGGUUUGAAGUUGCAGGGCCGGGCUUUAGUUGUCAACUGCAACGACAAAGUCAGAGCGGAAAUCGCGAAAGUGACGGAGGAAAGAAUUCUAGCCACCAUGCGAGCUGUACCAACAGCUCAGGCGACUGCAUGGGCGACAGUGGGACCAGCAGCACCGCAGCAGAGGCAAGACGAGCAACAGCAGCCCCCGCAACAGCAACAGCAGCAGCAGCAGCAACAGCAGCAGCAGCAGCAGCAAUUGUCGUUUGUUUGUUUUCUCAGUACAAGACAAAAACUCGAGGCGAAGUUGAGGCGGAAAUUCAAGAAGAAUAUAAACGCUUAA